AUGAUGGCAUUUGAAAACAAUAACAAGAGAGUAUCUCAAGAUAUACAAUCUCCUACGGAUACCAAAAAGAGAAAAGUACAGUUCUCUAAUGAAAUUACCUUGCAUACAGUCCCUUCAACAACAGAAAAUCAGGACAUAGAUGAGUUUACUAUUGCUAUGUUUGGUAGAUUUAUCAAAUCCGGUUUAGAUGAUUUAGAUAACAGGAACAAUACGAAGAUUAAUGAAAUUGCUAAUAGACUAUCAUUACCUGCUAAAAACCCAGAGAGACUGAACCCACAGAAUAUGAAUGUCCUUUUAGAUGCUCUUUCGGGUGACGUAAAUAGAGUAGAGAGGUCAAGAGCAAAUCAUUUAAUUCAAUCCAUUAUUAAUUUUGAAAAAUGGUGGGAACUCCCUACUGUUACUUUAAACAAAUAUUGUGCAUUCAUUAAAAUUUUAUGUUCUAGUGUCCCUAAAUGGUGGCAAGAUAUAGCAAUGACUUUAAUAACAAGUUUCACAUUAUCACCUGAAACUUGUAAAGCACACCAUACAUUAUUACAAUAUUUUCUCCGGAUGAUACCAUCGUCUAUGAGUUUCAUGGAUUCAUACCUUGCUAAAUUUUUCCCAAAUAAAAAUGACUCCACAGCAAAUUUGGUUAAUUAUAUAUCAAACUUAUUGCAAUUGACAACAUAUUGUAAAGAAUUAAGAUUCCAAGUUUGGUCCUUGAUUAUUGAAAAGAUUAUUUCCUUAGAUGUAGAAUUACAAAAUGAAUUAGAUGAGAUGGAUGAUGAUGUGGAGGAUGGCCUUGAAGAUGAAGAUGAAGAUGACGACGUUGGUGUUGAUGAUGAAGAUGAUGAUGAUACAAAUAACGAUAUCUCUGCUAACCAUGAUGAUAAUGGUAGUGAAUCCGAUUCUGAGGAAGAGAAUGCGCUGGAAGAUGACGAAGAAUACGUUAAAGAAAUAUCGCUGAAUAUAAAGGAUUUGACAACAAAGAUUGAUUCUAUUUUAACUUUACUAAGUAGUUCAAUUGCUAAAGAACUAACACCAGAGAAUAUGGAAUCUGGUGAUGGUGUUGUUGUGUUCAACAUUUUAACCACAUUAUUCAAAACACAUGUUUUACCAACAUAUUUUACAAAAUCUAUUCAAUAUGUUAUGUUUAUGUUAUCACAACAACAACCUGAACUUAUGGAUUCAUUUUUAGUCACAUUAAUUGAUAUUUCAUUCUCACCUAAUGAAACAUCAGAGAAAAAAGUCAAAUCGUUACAAUAUCUGGGUUCAUAUAUAGCUCGUGCAAGAAAAUUAUCUAGAACGCAGAUUAUAUUUGUCGCAAGUUAUCUUACAUCUUGGUUAAACAGGUACGUAAUCGAACGAGAAUCAGAAGUAGAUGAAAUCGGUGGGAUGGAUAGAUUUAAACAUUUUUAUGCUGCAUUCCAAUCCUUAUGUUAUAUUUUUUGUUUUAGACGUAACCUGUUUCGUGAUGUUGAUGGUUCAUGGGAAUGUGACCUUGAUAAAUUUUUCCAAAGAAUGAUCAUUUCUAAAUUUAAUCCAUUAAAAUAUUGUAAUGAGAAUGUAAUGUUAAUGUUUGCUAGAAUAACACAACAUGAAGAUAUUGCAUAUUGUUUUAGCAUAAUUGAAAAUAAUAACAAUGAAAGGUUAAGAGGUAUAAUGGGGAAAGCUACAGUUGAUAAUUCAACGGGGAAGAAAGAAAGUUCACCAGCUCUGAGAGCAGCUAAUUCUACUUGGUCAUUAGCAACAAGACAACAAUUCAUCGAUUUACAAAGUUACUUUCCAUUCGAUCCAUUAUUCCUAAAGAACUACAAGAAAAUGGUACAAGGAUAUUAUAUCGAAUGGAGUGAUGUCUCUGGAGACUAUGAAAGUGACGAAUCUGACGAUUAA